UCAUGUGUAAGCACGUUCUCAAUGCACAGGUCUCUAUUCGAGCACAAUGCUGCAAGAAAUGGUACGAUUGUGCCGAAUGCCAUGCAGAACAUUCAGAUCACGCUCUUAGAAAGACCGAUGAGAUGGUUUUUGGAUGCAAGAAAUGUAAAAAGGUGUUUCGCAAGGACAUGACUGAUUAUGAAGAAGAAGAUGAGUUUUGCCCUCAUUGCGACAAUCAGUAUGUAAUUGAAGCCUUGACUCCCGAAGCUAGAUUGGGAAUUGAGACUGGAGAUUUGCGUCUUGACAGCAGAGUUGUCAAAGAUCAGCGUAUGAAAUUAGCCAAGGAUCCAACAAGUAUCUAUGAUAUUGAAUUCUCAGAGACAAUUGGAUAAACAAGUUAACGUCAGCAUUCAACAUUCAACAUUCAAUAUCAAUCGAUGCCAACACCAACACCAACAACAUCAUCAACAUCAACAUCAACAUUAACAAUAACAUUAAUAACAAUAAUAAUAAAUGAAAGAAAGCAGUAAGC